AUUGGUUCUUAGGCAGCUGCUGGACUCGGUUGUGUCCAGCUCUCUGACGGACGUUCGGACGCUCGAUUACCCGCUCGGUGCUUUUCGGUCUCUCCGGUAGCUGCCGGUGCGAGGUUGCUCCCCGGGUGGGACUGGGUGUCAGAGAGACGGCAGGGACCUCCGUUUAUCUGCACUGUAACCCGCCAUUUGUAAAUCGGGAAAGACAAGAAAGAAGGAAAACCUCCAGCAGCGGAGCGUUUCUCGGGAUUUGGAUUAGAAGUGUUACUGGGGACAUGUCGGGGCCCCCCCGAGGACACAUCGGCGGCAGCGCUGCUGAGCCCGCCGUGACUUUUAGCUAGACAGCAGCUAGCAGGACGUAAAGCAGUCAGGACUUUGACACUGUGGUGUGAGCAGUUGCGCCCUGUAGACUUUGUCCAUGUCUCAGCUGUGGGCCUGAAGGUCGGAUUUAUCCAAUGACUUGCCAGUCCUCAGAGUCCACGGAAACCAUCGAGAGUGACAGACGAGCCGACAACAAUACCGCCGCUGUGGAAUCUGACGAGAGCCGCAUUGCCGCUGCCAUGAAGGAGCUCAGAAACACGGGUUGGUACUGGGGCAGUCUGACGGCUAAUGAAGCCAAAGAGAUCCUGCAGGACACCUCCGAAGGCACCUUCCUGCUGCGGGACAGCUCUCAGAGAGAUUACCUCUUCACCAUCUCCGCCAUGACGUCAGCAGGUCCCACCAACCUGCGGAUCGAGUUCAAACACGGCAAGUUCAAGCUGGACUCGGUGGUCCUGGUGAAGCCCAAGCUGAAGCAGUUCAAGAGUGUGGUCCACCUGGUCGAGUACUACGUCCAGCUGUCCAGGAGCAGCGACAAGGCGGCGUCGGCGUCAAAUUCUCGGGUCUCUCCGGUGCCGCCUAAUGGCACAGUGCAGCUGCUACUCACCAAACCCGUGUACACCUCCACGCCAUCCCUGCAGCACCUCUGUCGCAUCACCAUCAACCAAAGGACACGGCAGGUUCAGGAUUUGCCGCUGCCCAACAGACUAAAGGACUACCUGACGGAAUACGUCUACAAUGUGUAAGGACUGAUGUCAUCUUACCACUGACUGAUCCAAUCGUGUGCUGCUCUACAGGGUCACGCAAUAAGCUGCAGUGUCGAUGUGCUCUGAGUCUGCAGCCAAUCACGCUGGAGUCAGAGGGGAAAGGUCUGAUGGAAACGCCGUGUCACAUGACCCCUCCUGACCACAGCUACCUCUCUGCUCUGUGGUGACUUGACACCUCGUCGUCCCCUCACCUUUACCAGAUCAUCACUUUUCAGAACAUCCAUUUUCCCCUGAAUCCAUAUGCUGAUUUUUAAAAUGGACCAGAUAAAUCUGAAGUAUCUUAAGGUAUUAAUGUUUACAGUGGUUACUGAUGUGGUCACUGAUGUUACCAUGGUUCUAUGAAACGUCAUAUUACAAAUACCAUUAUUUAAAAAGCUUUGUUAUUAAUUUUGCUUGUUGACACUUUGAGUGAUGCAGAGGGGGAAAGUGGUGCUAUCGGGCUGCCCCCAAGUUAAUUUUAUAAAUAAAAACCAGAAUAUUGUAUUUACCUUCAUGAAAACAAUAAAAAUAUUUCUUUUAGUUUUCAGGUUUGCUCUGCUGAUGAAUCACAGAUUUGCACAGGUUUGGAAAACAUUCCCUUUAAAUUACAGCUGCAACUAAAGAUUGGUAGUUGACUAAUCUGUCAAUUUUUCUUCAAUUAGUCAACGAUUAUUUCAGUAACUCUUGUCCCUGUGGGCAAACUUCCUGUUCUAGGCUCCAGGACCUCACCUUCUCUGGUCUGCCCACCUGUGACUGUCACCCUGUUGUCUCAUUCCACAGCAAAUUCAAAUAAUUACCCAGGAAACGUGUGAAUUUGAAAAUAAUCAAAUGUAUCUCUAGCAUUACUCAAUAGCACGGUCAGAAUAAAAGUAAGUCAAUAAAAUAUCAAGGAACAUAAAUUAAAAUGCUACUUUAAACAGAAAAGUGUCCAUAAACUCAAAUAAAGCUUUGAAUUAAAAAAA